AUGAUCGGAACAAGCGGAGGCGUACUCCGAGGAGGAGGCCUCUGUUGGCUCCGGUGCUGGUCGGUGGAGUUCUCCUUCGGCAGCCGCAGAGGGAGGGGCCUCUGCGCCGCCGCUGGUGGGAACGUCAAUAAGGCGGUGAAGCCGGCAGCGGCGGCGGAGGGGAUGACGAAGGAGGAGGCGUACCGUAAGAUCCACGAUCUCGAUUUUACGACCGCCGCCAGGAUUCUCUUCACGGCUGCUCCCGACAAGAAGAAGUUCGGGUGUGUGCAGUGGUUCUCAGUCCUCUUCUUCAUUUUAUCUUUCUCCUCUCUUCGAGGAGUAGACGCGACUCAUGAUCUAACGUCUUUCCUUGUUCUUUGUUGAUCAUCGUCGCUGCCGACUUCUCGGAGCAGAUUUGAUUUCCACCUGGUGCAGCUGUUUUUCGCCUGCAUGCCUUCAUUAGGUCUCUCCACUCCCUGAAAUCUCUCUCCUCGCCCCCAUUAUCCCUAGUAAUCAGCGCCCCUGGGAUUUAUUUUGAGCUUAUCGGCAAAUUCUUUCUUCCACUUCAGAAGGCCGUGGAUGUGUACCUAUCAGCUAGGGUACAGAUCUGGUUUCAUUUUCUGCAAAGCUGAGUAGGGUUUUUGUGGCAGCUGUGUAUCUGGUGGCUCAGUACGCGCGCUACGAGAUUCGAAGAAUGGAGGCGGUAAGUAAGAUCAUGAAACUUUAUGCACUCUUUCUCUCAAAUUCAUUGAGAAUACUCGUCGAUCGAUUGCUGUAAGUGUUUUUCUUUGGCUUGUCGAAUUGAAUGAAUGCCAGGGAUCCUGUUGGAUGCUUUUUUUUAGUUCAGCAUCCAUCAUCAUCCUGCAGGUUUCUGCUUGGAUCAUCCUGCAGGGAUUCUGGUUUUGGGGAGGAAAUAGAGAAUAAUAUAGCUUGUGGAAGUCUCUCCUGAAGAGUUCCAGCAACACCGGAGAAUUUGGUGUGGUGAACACUGCGAACAGGAGGAUCCACAUCCCCUUCUUCUUCCUCUUCUUCUUCUUCUUCUUCCCAGAGCUCGCUCAUCAUCGUUCUCUUUUAGCCACAGUCCCCUUUUUGGAAACCAUUUUCUCCUCGGGUUUGUAAGGAUCCAGCCAAGCUUAUACUUUGCUCGAAAAUGGGCUACUGAACCAUGAUGUUCUUGGGCGCAGUAGUUCUUCCAUGAUUCGUUAGUUUCCUUUUAUGGGAAAAAACUGCAGGAUCACAGUGAUAUAACUCUGGUAGAACGAUCCUACACAGUCCUUGACUUCCAGAAUUAUUGGGGUAUAUGCUGCAAUAAUUAAUUGCAUAUAAUUUUAUUCUAUUUUUGGCAGAAAAUCAGAGCAUUGCCUGGUUUGGGUUCUUCUGAUUUGAUUGAUUGUUCGAUAUGUUUCUUCGGGGAAACCCAUCAUCCAGGAGGUGGAGGUGAAGAAGAAGGCAGAGGAGGAAGAGAGAGCCAAGCGGGAGGAGGAAGAGGGGAGAACGAAGCAGACCGAGGAGGAAGCCCUCGACCAGGAGAUGGGGAAGGUGAAGGAUCGACUGGAAGCUCUGGAGGAGGCCGUGAAGGUGAUCGCAGAAGAGACAAAGAGAAUCUCGGAGGGGAGCGUAGCCGAGAAGGGCCGGAAGGGCGGCGGGGCUGCAGAGAAGAAGGAAGGAGCUCCGCCCCCGCAGAGCUCUUCUUCUACCCAGUCUGCUCCCGAUUUCACAAAGUAA